AUGUCUUUAACGCCGAUACGACAAUAUCUUGUUGUUGCUGAUUUUCUUAGUGGAUUCAAAGCAAGGGAAUAUUCUGUUUAUGAUCCGACAGGAAAGAAUGUUACCGGUAAACUUCAAGCUCGUAUAACCCCUUUCGUGUAUGAAGCAGACUUUGAAGUUCAUGAUGGUCGUAAACAAAAAUGGUCGAAAGGUGUUAUUUAUCAAUAUUGGCAAUAUUUAUUUCAACUGCGCACAAAACCAUUUACUUGGGUUAGUAAACAUGAUAUGGAAAUCUAUUCAAAUGGAAUACCGGAUGCUGUCUAUCUGCUAGGUUUAGCAGUCAAGGAUGGUCUUGCACGGAGAAAGAGUGGAUAG